ACUACAACUCCCAGCGUCCUCCGCGCCGCAGCCCCGGCGCAGAAGUGACCGGGGCCCCGCCCACAGCUCGGCGCCGCCCCCCACCCGCGAAGUCUGCGCGCGAAUUCUGUGGCGCCAAUUUGGAGCUGUGUCGAGCGCCCAGCGGUUCCGGGUGUGAAGCCCAGGACUGCGGCACGCACGGCCUGCACAGCUAACAGAAGAGAAGAAGAGGGGAAGGGAGGGUUCUGACGCCAUCAUGCAGCGAAGUAUAAUGUCAUUUUUCCAACCCAAGAAAGAGAGCAAAGCAACGAAGCCAGAGAAAGAGACAUCCAAUAGCACCAGAGAGCCAGAACCCCCUCCAAAAGUGGCACUGAAGGAGCGGAAUGGAGUGGUACCUGAGAAUGACUCACCUGUCAAGAGGCCAAGGAGGAAGUUAGUUCGGGCCCUGGGCAGCGAAGGAGAAGAGGAGGAGGAAGCCCUCACUCCCCCCAAAGUCCUGAAGCCUGCCCCAGACUCCCCGCCAGUGUCCCCUCCCAGUCCUGUCACCUUUCCUGAUAGCAACUCUUCGCCCUCGGAUACCUCUGCUGUGGGCAUCUCCCCUUCUGGGAUACCCAAGCGUCGCACAGCCCGGAAGCAGCUUCCUAAACGGUCAAUUCAAGAUGUCCUGGAAGACGAGAGCCAGGACAAGGACACAGAGGCCAAGAGGAGAAAGGAGGAGGGGAAAGAAACAGAUCCCCCAACAGAAAACCUCCAGCAUCCUGAGGUGACAAAAAAGGAGGGAGCAGAAGAGGAGCACCAGCCCACACCACCCCCUGAACCCUCAAAGGCUGCCAAAGCAGAGCUCCUGGCAGAAAGCGUCUCAGAGCCUGAGGUGGCGUUGAAGGAAGAACCAAGGGAGGAAGCACAGGCACCCCCUGCCCCUAGAGCUCCCAAGACUCUGAGCAGCUUCUUCACUCCCCGAAAGCCAGCAGUGAAAAAAGAAGAGGGCUCUGGUACGUCAAGAAAGGAGGAAGCCAAGGGACCCCUGGAUCCAGCCAGCUACAAUCCUGCUAAGAACAACUACCACCCUGUGGAGGAUGCCUGCUGGCUGCCGGGCCGGAAGGUCCCUUACUUGGCCGUGGCCCGGACAUUUGAAAAGAUCGAGGAGGUUUCUGCUCGGCUGCGGAUGGUGGAGACACUGAGCAACUUGCUGCGCUCGGUUUUGGCCCUGUCUCCUCCAGACCUCCUCCCCAUCCUCUAUCUCAGCCUCAAUCGCCUGGGGCCACCCCAGCAGGGUCUGGAACUUGGUGUGGGGGAUGGCGUCCUUCUCAAGGCAGUGGCCCAGGCCACAGGUCGGCAACUUGACUCAGUCCGGGCAGAGGCCACAGAGAAGGGUGACGUGGGACUGGUUGCUGAGAACAGCCGCAGUACUCAGAGACUCAUGCUGCCCCCGCCCCCACUCAGUGCUGCUGGGGUCUUCAUUAAGUUCCAGGACAUCGCCCGGCUCUCCGGCCAUGCUUCUACAGCCAAGAAGAUGGAUGUCAUCAGGGGCCUCUUUGUUGCUUGCCGCCACUCAGAAGCCCGCUUCAUUGCCAGGGCCCUGAGUGGACGACUCCGUCUUGGGCUAGCAGAGCAGUCUGUCCUGGCUGCCCUGGCCCAGGCUGUAAGCCUGACACCCCCAGGCCAAGACUUCCCACCAGCCGUGGUGGAUGCUGGGAAAGGCAAGACUGCAGAGACCAGAAAGUCAUGGCUGGAGGAGCAGGGCAUGAUUCUGAAGCAGACAUUCUGCGAGGUGCCUGACCUGGAUCGAAUUGUCCCAGUUCUCCUGGAACACGGCCUGGAGCACCUCCCAGAGCACUGCAGGCUGAGCCCAGGGAUCCCUCUGAAACCAAUGUUGGCUCACCCCACCCGGGGUGUCAGCGAGGUGCUGAAACGCUUCGAGGAGGCAGCUUUCACCUGCGAGUACAAAUACGACGGGCAGAGGGCACAGAUCCAUGUUCUGGAAGGCGGGGAGGUGAAGAUCUUCAGCAGGAACCAGGAGGACAAUACUGGGAAGUACCCUGACAUCAUCAGCCGCAUCCCCAAGAUUAAACUCCCGUCAGUCACAUCCUUCAUUCUGGACGCUGAGGCUGUGGCUUGGGACCGGGAAAAGAAGCAGAUCCAGCCAUUCCAAGUGCUUACUACCCGUAAACGCAAGGAGGUGGACGCUGCAGAGAUCCAGGUGCAGGUGUGUCUGUAUGCCUUCGACCUCAUCUACCUCAAUGGAGAGAGCCUGGUCCGUGAGCCCCUUUCCCGACGCCGGCAGCUGCUUCGAGACAACUUUGUGGAGACAGAGGGCGAGUUUGUCUUUGCCACCUCCCUGGACACUAAAGACACAGAUCAGAUCGCUGAGUUCCUGGAGCAGUCGGUGAAAGACUCCUGCGAGGGGCUAAUGGUAAAGACCCUGGAUGUCGAUGCCACCUAUGAGAUUGCCAAGAGGUCGCACAACUGGCUCAAGCUGAAGAAGGACUACCUUGAUGGCGUGGGUGACACCCUGGACCUCGUGGUGAUCGGUGCCUACCUGGGCCGGGGGAAGCGGGCCGGCCGCUACGGGGGUUUCCUGCUGGCUUCCUAUGAUGAGGAGAGUGAGGAGCUUCAGGCCAUAUGCAAGCUUGGCACUGGCUUCAGCGACGAGCAGCUGGAAGAACAUUACCAGAGCCUGCAGGCCCUGGUGCUGCCUGGGCCCCGUUCUUAUGUGCGGGCCGAUGGCGCCGUGGCCCCAGACCACUGGCUGGAGCCCAGCGCUGUGUGGGAGGUGAAGUGUGCUGACCUCUCCCUGUCCCCCAUCUACCCAGCUGCCCGUGGCCUGGUGGAUAGUGAGAAGGGGAUCUCCCUUCGCUUCCCUCGGUUUAUUCGUGUUCGUGAAGACAAGAAGCCAGAGGAGGCCACUUCCAGUGCCCAGGUGGCCUGUCUGUACAAAAAGCAGAGUCAGAUUCAGAACCAGCAAGGCGACGACCUUGACUCCGGAGGGGAGGAUUUCUACUGACCCUGCCCCUGCUAGCACAGCGGGAGAGGCCUGGGGGUCUUCUCUCUGGUGCUCAGCAGGUCACUGCUGUCCACCCCAC